AUGCGUGCCAUUUCUGGGGAUAUUGUUUUGGACGAAGAACAGGCGAAAACUUUAUAUGAGCGAGUGGUGCAACACGGACGUCGAACGAAGCGGAAAUUCAUUCGAUCCGGGUUGCGUCGAUGGGAUCCACACAAACCGAUAAUUUAUAGUUUCGAUGGAUCACAUACAAUGCGAGAACAACGUGUGAUUGAAUUAGCUUUGGAGCAUUGGCAUAAUAUAACAUGUUUGAAUUUUGAACGUCGCAACGAUGAACCCACUGGAAAUCGAAUCGUAUUCACCGACGUUGAUGGUUGCGCCUCUAAUGUUGGACGACAUCCACUCGGAGAUCCUCAGUUUGUGUCAUUGGCACCGGAAUGUAUUCGAUUAGGUGUAAUUGCGCAUGAAGUAGCACAUGCACUUGGAUUUUGGCAUGAGCAAUCUCGACCUGAUCGAGACAAUUUCGUUACAGUUCGCUGGGAAAAUAUUGAUCGUGACAGUAAAGGACAAUUUUUAAAGGAAUUACCGGUCGAUGUUGAUAAUGGUGGAGUGCCAUACGAUUAUGGGAGUAUUAUGCAUUAUAGGAGUAAAGCAUUUGGACGGUAUGAAGAUCUCUUCACGUUGAACACAAAUAUAGCGGAUUAUCAGAAGACGAUUGGGCAAAGAGACCAACUCUCAUUCAACGAUAUUCGACUGAUGAACGUAAUAUACUGCAGUGAUGCAUGCCCAAAGCAAUUGCCGUGCCAGAGAGGUGGAUAUACAGAUCCAAGAAGGUGUGACCGAUGUCGAUGUCCUGAUGGCUUCACUGGGCAGUACUGUGAGCAAGUAAUGUCGGGUUAUGGCGCGGUAUGCGGUGGUCGAAUUCUUUUGACGUCUAGUUGGACUCGAAUCACCAGCCCGGGCUAUCCAAGCGAUUUCCGUGAAGGCCAAGAAUGCAGCUGGCUUCUUGUUGCUCCUCCAGGGCAAAAGGUGCAGUUUCAGUUCUAUGGAGAAUUCGAAAUGUAUUGCAAAGUUCGGCAUUCGCUAUGCAUGGAUUAUAUUGAGAUAAGAAAUUCAACAGAUUUCGCAAAUACUGGAAUGAGGUAUUGUUGCUUUGGAACUCCGAAAUCGACGAUAUUUUCGGCUACGGAAGAUAUGCUGGUGCUGUUUCGUUCUUUCUACCGAAGUGGUAAAGGUUUUCAAGCACAAACUCGAUCUGUUCCAUCGUUCGACUCGUUUUCACCGUGGACGGAGUGGACGCAGUGCACGGAGCCUUGCGGCGCUUGUGGUACCAGAAAACGUACUCGCUCUUGCGGUGUAGCUGAUGCAUGUCUAGGACCUAGAAUGGAGGCCGAGAUUUGUAAUACCAAGCCAUGCAGUGGUUUAUGCCCGAAGAAAAAAUACGAAGAGUCCAGUUGCACUGGAAUUCUCUCCCUAUUUAGAGGCUUAAAAUGUAAACGUGAAAGAACUGUACUUGAACCAUGUACUAUUCAGUGCUGUCCAGGCUUUAAAAUUAUUGAUGGCAUUUGUUCAUAG